AUGGAGAGUGUAGUGAACCUGCAGCAUAGCCAUUGCAACAUAGCACUGACAUGGAAAAUCAAUCACGGUACCAGCAGCUUCUUCUUCUUCCCCAAAACCCUAACCACAAAACCCUCCUGCAAAGCCGGACCAUUCGCUUCCUCUCUUCGCUCUGCCCAACGCCUUCCAUCACCAUUACGACCAGAUGUAGCCCCAGAUAGCAGUUCCACAAAGCACACCACCCUCCUUGUUGAGACCUUCCAUGAGCACCAGAGGCUCAAAGCCUUACUUCAGAAGCUCAUCAAUGGCUCUUGCCCUCUGCAAUUGCUUGGAGAAGAUGGUGAUUGGACCAAAGACCAAUUUUGGGCUGCCAUCAGAUUCCUUAAACAUACUUCCAGAUUCAAUGAAAUUCUUCAGUUGUUUGAUAUGUGGAAGAACAUCGAGAAAUCACGGAUUAAUGAGUUUAACUACAGCAAGAUAAUAGGUUUGCUAGGUGAAGAGGGCCUGAUAGAAGAGGCAGUACGAUGCUUUCAAGAGAUGAAGAGUCACAAUCUUAGGCCGUCCUUGGAGGUUUACAAUUCAAUAAUUCAUGGUUGUGCCAGACAAGGAAACUUUGACGAUGCUUUGUUUUUCCUUAACGAGAUGAAAGAAAUGAAUUUGGCACCAGAAACUGAUACCUAUGAUGGACUUAUUGAAGCAUAUGGGAAGUAUAGAAUGUAUGAUGAGAUAGGCAUGUGUGUGAAGAAAAUGAAAUUAAAUGGCUGUUCACCUGACCACGUUACCUAUAAUUUGCUUAUUCGAGAGUUUGCACGGGGUGGUUUGCUCAAAAGAAUGGAAAGUGUGUAUCAAUCCAUGCUUUCAAGAAGAAUGGCUUUGCAGUCUUCUACUUUGAUUGCAAUGGUCGAGGUUUAUGCAAAAUUUGGUAUUUUGGAGAAGAUGGAAAAUGUUUAUAGGAGAGUUUUGAACUCCGGAACUGUGGUAAAGAAUGACUUAAUUAGGAAACUAGCUGAGGUUUAUAUUGAUAAUUAUAUGUUUUCCAGAUUGGAGAAAUUGGGAGUUGAUCUUUCUUCAAGAUUUGGUAAGACUGAUCUUGUUUGGUGUCUGCGUCUCCUUUCCCAAGCAGGUGUUCUUAGUCGAAGAGGUAUGGAUUCCAUUGUUGAUGAGAUGAAAGAACAAAAUGUCCCAUGGAAUGAAACGGUUGCAAACAUUAUAAUGCUGGCUUAUUUGAAGAUGAAAGAUUUCACACACUUGAGAAUCUUCCUCUCCCAAUUACUAACCCAGGGUGUGGAGCCUGAUAUUAUCACUGUUGGAAUUGUAUUUGAUGCGAAUAGAAUUGGCUAUGAUGGGUCUAGAACUUUAGAUACAUGGAGGGAGAACGGCUUUCUCCGCAAAGCUGUGGAAAUGAAUACUGAUCCUUUAGUUCUCACUACAUUUGGGAAGGGGCAUUUCCUUAGAAACUGUGAAGCAGCAUACUCCUCCCUGGAUCCUGAAGCUAGAGAAAACAAAACAUGGACGUACCAUCACCUCAUUGAUUUAGUGUUCAAACACACUGAAUGUAGCCUCAGUAUGAAGGACUGA